GGCUUCGCGGUCUGACGAACCAACAUUCGUGUCGCAGCUGUCUACGAGUCUCUGCUCUUGAAUCGUCAUUCGCACGUGGAUCUUUGUCCGUGACGGGUGUGUGCGCGCGCGCCCUUUAAACAAUACGCCGCAUGUUACUAACAAUAUCUAAGUCGUGCUUUUAAUGAAUUACACAUCACGCAUUUUUAUUCUCCAACUUACUAAUUACUCAUUGUUGUUGUUUUUCUUUUUUUUACAUUUGAUCGUCCAGUGUAAGGCCAGUUCUGUGUAAGAUUCCAAAUAUUCGAGUAGAGUGAUUGCGUGUGAAACGUAGUUGAGGAUUAUUUCAGUGCGUCUACGGAUCAGUGUCCUUGGAAUUUAACUUUUCCGAAAUAUUAUUUAUAGUUUUUUGCUCAGAUGACAUCUGUGAUAUUUUGAGCUCAAGUAGACUAGUCUUUUUAAAAAACAAUAAAAAAAAAACAAAGGGCAGAGCAGAGGAAGUGAAUUUAGAUAAAAAAGAAGUAAGAUAAAAGUAAUUGCCCGUUAAAAUGCUGAUGCCAGGUGCAACGGGUCUGAGCGCGGUGGCUGCAGGACCGACUGGUCAAGAUGAGCUGGUAACGAGUCUUGGUGCUCUGGCGGGUGUAACACCCCAACAGAAAGACACAACAUGGACGAAAUUAUUCGUCGGCGGACUUCCCUAUCACACUACCGAUAAAAGUCUUAGAGAGCACUUCAACGUCUACGGGGACAUCGAGGAAGCUGUCGUGAUAACAGACAGACAGACCGGCAAAAGUAGGGGCUAUGGAUUUGUAAUUAUGGGUGACAGACCAGCUGCCGAAAGAGCGUGCAAGGAUCCCAACCCGAUAAUUGAUGGCCGGAAAGCUAAUGUUAAUUUAGCAAUACUGGGCGCCAAACCACGUGGCAAUCUCCAAACCACAUUUCCAUUUGCCGCUGGUAUAAGAACUGGAUAUCCUACAGUACUACCUAGCCAAUAUGGAGUACCACCAGGUUACAUGUACCAGUCGCCUUACCUGGCGGCGGCGGCUCCUGGAGGCUUGAUGCAAUUACCAACGACGCAAUUGAGCCACGCGGCAGCUGUAGCCGCGGCAUCGCAGUUCUACGAGUACCAGAAUGCCGCGGCGGCUGCAGCCGCUGCAGCAGCGGCUGCUACGUAUCCUGGUACGUCGUCGUACAACUUCGCCGAGGCUGCCGCUUACCCGUAUACCAGUGCUGCCGCGGCCGGUACGUCUUUAACGAAACGCAACGAACGCAGCGGCCGCAAGCUACGUAACGCCCUAUACGUACGCGACAUUACCAGGUGCAGCGGCACUGCAAGGAGCAACAACGACGGGUGCAGCCUUCCCGGGAUUGCCUUACCAAACGACGCCCCAAGAGGCACGACUUCAAUAGACACCAGUAGUCCAUACUACUAUUUAUACAACUACUUAUAAUAUAAUAUAAUAUAAUGAAAUAUAACUCUGCGGCAUAAGCCUAACUUAAAACAUUAUACAUUACAUUAAACAUUAUUUCUGACGAAAUAAUAACCGUCUAAGUAAAUCUAUUAUUAGACUACGGUUAGUGUAGAGUACAGAGGAUAGAUGUUAUGUUAUAGAGAGAGCACUGAGGAUAUUUAAGUGAGAAAGCGCAAGCGAAAUCGAAGCGGUAUUUGAUAAAAUAACGCUAGUGAGAAAGAGCGAGUGUAUUUUUAAUAUUAUUAUUAUUUGUUUAUUGCAAAAAAAAAAAAUAUUUAUAAUUAAAUAAUCAAGAAUUAUAAAUAUUUUUUUUUUUUUUUGACUAUUUCUCUAUUUAUUUAUUUUCAUUUUUCUUUUGUUAUUUUUAAAUUAUCAAUCUACUGAAAUUACUCACGACCUCUAUCUUCCUUAAUCUUCCCGGAGCCAAACGUCAAAAAAUAACGAGUGGGAAAGUUACUGAAUAAUAUUAUUAAUUAUGUAAUAAAAGGAGAACAAUACCAAUUACGGCUC